GGGGCGGGGGCGGCACGAGCAAGGCGGCCGAGCUCGGCGCUCCUUCUCCAUGGCUGGGAGCGGGCGGCGGCGGCGGAGGCGCUGACAGGCCCGGGGCGGGGCGGGCAGGCAGGCAGGUCCGGGCCGGGACCUAGGGCGGCGGGGAAGAUGAGCGCCCUCUUAGAGCAGAAAGAACAGCAGGAGAGGCUGCGGGAGGCCGCGGCCUUGGGGGACAUUCUGGAGGUGCAGAAACUGGUGGAGAGCGGGGUGGAUGUGAACUCCCAAAAUGAGGUCAACGGCUGGACCUGUUUGCACUGGGCGUGUAAACGGAACCAUGGUCAAGUGGUCUCUUACCUGUUAAAGUCAGGAGCUGACAAGGAGAUUCUUACCACGAAAGGAGAGAUGCCAGUGCAGUUGACAUCCAGGAGAGAAAUCAAGAAGAUUAUGGGAGUGGAAGAAGAUGAAGAUGAUGAUGCCAGCCUCCCCCAGCUGAAGAAAGAGUCAGAUUUGCCCUUUGUGCCCAACUACUUGGCCAACCCAGCCUUCCCUUUUAUCUACACUCCCAGAGUGGAGGAUUCAGUCCAACUACAGAAUGGGGGUACCUCCACGCCUCCUGCAUCCCCCCCUUCGGAUGGCUCGCCACCCCUGCUGCCCCCUGGGGACCCUCCCCUGCUAGGGGCAUUUCCACGGGACCACACCUCUUUGGCACUGGUACAGAAUGGAGAUGUGCCUGCCCCCUCCGCCGUUCUCAGAACACCAGAAAGCACAAAACCAGGUCCUGUUUGUCAGCCUCCAGUGAGUCAGAGCCGCUCCCGAUUCUCUGCUGUCCCCUCCAAGCCACCAGUGUCCCUGGAGCCUCAAAAUGGGGCAUACGCAGGACCGGCACCAGCAUUCCAGCCAUUCUUCUUCACGGGAGCAUUUCCGUUCAAUAUGCAAGAACUGGUACUCAAGGUGAGAAUUCAGAACCCAUCUCUUCGAGAAAAUGAUUUCAUUGAAAUCGAACUGGACCGACAGGAGCUCACCUACCAAGAAUUGCUGAGAGUGAGUUGCUGUGAGCUGGGUGUUAAUCCAGAUCAAGUAGAGAAGAUCAGAAAGUUGCCCAACACUCUGUUAAGAAAGGACAAAGAUGUUGCUCGACUGCAAGAUUUCCAGGAGCUGGAACUGGUUCUGAUGAUCAGUGAAAACAACUUUCUGUUCAGAAAUGCUGCCUCUACACUGACGGAAAGGCCCUGCUAUAACAGAAGAGCUUCAAAGCUGACUUACUAAUGCAGCAGGGACUUCUGUCACUUAGUGCUGUGACCUUGUGCGUCACUUGUGGGCCAAGAACAGGCCAUCGAUCCAAAUGCCUUGGCUACCUGGGAGGGCCCCAUGUCGUAGGCACUAACAUUGUUCUGCCAAGGUAGGAAGCCCCUGACCCCCAAGCAGUGGUGCCACUCUUCCAAGCCUCUUGGUGCACAAUAAACCUAUCGCUUGAAGCUUUGAACAGCUGAGGAGUGAUUUGGAGAGGCUAAAGUUGAGACUGUCUAUCCAGUGGGUUUAUGUGUGGAAUGUAAGAGUUGUCUAGGCCAACUCUGAGAGGGAACAGAGCCUGUGCCUCGCUGCUCCUGCCGACCAUGCACCUGAAGGGCUGGGAUGCGCUGCUCCUACUGUUGCAUGCUCACGAAUGGGGAGAGCACAGGGACUGGCAAAUGAAUUUUUGUGUGACUUGUGGCUGUGAGGUUUCAUAUAACGUAUUUAUAAAUGUUACUCAGGUUAAAAGUAUUUAAGACUACAGAUACCUAAUUGUAGAUAUGCUGUUAACCAAAAGAGCUUCCCCUGCCCACUUUGUCCUUCGUCCAACCCUCACAACAAUUUCCCUGUGUAGUUAGCCAUCUCUGCGUUAAGUCCUCUCUGUGGUCACUAGAGGGCUCACUGAUGCUUUCUGCGGGAGCGACUGCCAGUGGGGUCCUGUGUCCAGUCGCAUCCUGAGGGGAGCACAAGGGCUGCGGGUCUGGGUCUGCCCCUGUCCUCCACGAGAAACGGAAAGCAGUUUGGGAGACUGAAUCUGUUGCUAUUUUAAAGGCUAUUGUGGGAAACCAAGCUAAAGGAGUUACUCUUUAUUUUUGUAUCAAAGAAAGAUUAUUUUGAAAUGAUUAGGGUUUUUACACAACUCUGAAUUUGUUGCUUUUGUAAACAGAUCAUUUGGUCUUAGGGACUCCCCUCAUUGACACCACUAGCCCACCUAACAAAGUCCAUUGUAAGUCUACCAGACUUUGUUGGUAAAAGUGAGAAUGAAAACACUUGAUUAAACUCUGGAACAUGGCAUACGAGUUGUUUUUAAAUAAUGCGUUCUUUUCCUUUGCUUCAAUGCCAUUACUGGUGAGCGAAGCCAGCGUCUUGUUGACACACACGGCUUGGCUUUCAUGAUAAGCGCGAGCACACGGAGGCUUCCAGAGAGCAGGGCUGGGAGCCAGCUGGGAAGCGCGGUGCCUGCCGGUCUGCACCAGUCUCUUCCCACAGUGCCUAGAGUUUCCAAAGAGACUGAACUUCUGAACCGCGCUAACCUAAUUGCAUUAGAACACUACAGCUGAGUGGGAGCAGGCACCAGUUGUCAGUGGAAGAGAGGGUCGUGCUAAGAUAAUGGCCUCCUGCUGCUACCCGCUGCCCAAGUGAGGUUGCAGUGGGUUUCAAGGCCGACUUCACAGAGUACGCCACUAAUUACCGUCGGUGACUUACCCCUCCCUUCUGUGUUUGCACAGCCAAGUUAUGGUUGCUCAUGACCACACGCCCCCAACCCCUUCUGCAGGGUUUUCAAGAAGAAUCUCCCUUGAGUUUCAACCACUCAGAUGUAGUCACCUUUAUUUGUCGCUUUGCUAUGACAGAAGUUGCAGUUGGCUGAUACAAUGACGUCUGGGUGUACCCUAGCAGAAAUUAAUUCAGUGUUAAAUCAAGUCUGAGUUACUGGCCAGAGACCCUUUCAGCCACCUGGAGUGAGAGAGAGAGACUGCCAGGGAGCAGGGAGGCCCUGGUUGGGAGGCAGCCCACAGAUCAGCAGGGCCAGGCCAGCAGAGGCCUCGAGUGCUGCCGGGCAGGAGCCGGGUCUCUUCUCCUUU